GACUGUAUAUAUACAAAUAUAUAUGUGAUUUUGCAUUUCUGGGUAGAGGGUGCAGCACAAAGCAAUGUGCUGACACAGUGAAACACACAAACAGUAAAACAGCACACAGUUAACCCUUUGAUCGCCCCAGAUGUUAACCCCUUCAUGCCCAGCGUCAUUAGUACAGUGUCAGUGCUUUUUAUUAGCACUGAUCACUGUAUUAGUGUCACUGGGGAUGUCAGUGACAGUCAGUUCCCACCCAGUGUCAGAAUGCCUGCCGCAGUCCCGAUAGUCCCACUAUAAGUCGCUGA